AUGGAGAUGUUUGGUGAAAAAGAUGAAAACGAUGAAAAAAUACAUCGUUUACCAACAGUGCCUAUUUUCGAUGAAUUUAUAUGGAUUGAUACGCGAGAAAAACGCGAUUACGGUUGUGUGUAUUAUGGAUUUUCCACGACAUUACUGGGCAUAACUCAAAUAUCUUUACUCGCAACAAUAGCUCUAGACAGAUACCUCGUUAUUGUCAGACCAACGCACAACACCAUCGGUAUGAACAAAGCAGUUAUCAUGGUUUUGUGUUGCUAUGGUUAUGGAUGUUUAUGGGCAGUUUUACCAGCAAUUGGUUGGAGUUCUUAUCAAUUGGAGGGCAUUCGACUUAGAUGUGCCAUAAAUUGGAGAAGCAAACGGCCAAUAGAUUUAUCAUACUCGAUGUCCAUACUGGUAUUAGCGUGGGUUGUUCCCCUUGGAGUGAUACUAUUCUGUUAUGGAGGUAUAUGUACCUUGAUAUACCAAGAGAAAGAAAAACCCCUAAGAGCAAUGAUGAGGAAGGGAAAAUCCACCAAACACAGACGUCGAGAACAACGAGUGGCAAUUACAGUUCUCCUUAUGAUUGGUUGUGUGUACUAUGGAUUUUCCACGACAUUACUGGGCAUAACUCAAAUAUCUUUACUCGCAACAAUAGCUCUAGACAGAUACCUCGUUAUUGUCAGACCAACGCACAACACCAUCGGUAUGAACAAAGCGGUUAUCAUGGUUUUGUGUUGCUAUGGUUAUGGAUUUUUAUGGGCAGUUUUACCAGCAAUUGGUUGGAUUUCUUAUCAAUUGGAGGGCAUUCGACUUAGAUGUGCCAUAAAUUGGAGAAGCAAACGGCCAAUAGAUUUAUCAUACUCGAUGUCCAUACUGGUUUUAGCGUGGGUUGUUCCCCUUGGAGUGAUUCUAUUCUGUUAUGGAGGUAUAUGUACCUUGAUAUACCAAGAGAGAGAAAAACCCCUAAGAGCAAUGAUGAGGAAGGGAAAAUCCACCAAACACCGACGUCGAGAACAACGAGUGGCAAUUACGGUUCUCCUUAUGAUUGGUGCUUUCUUCUUGAGCUGGACUCCAUACUCUAUUGUUACCAUAAUCGUGAUAUUCGGAAAACUAGAUGAUGUGCCAGUUUCUGUUAUUAUGAUUCCAACAUUAAUGGCGAAAUCAUCAAUCAUUUGGAACCCAUUAAUUUAUGUGGUUAGACAUAAUGAAUUCCGAAAAGCAUGCGUGCGACACGUGCCGUGUAUUUCAUGGAUCAAAAAUGCGUUCAUUCUGUCACCAUCGACAACGAAUACUACUUCGAAUUCUGUAUAGUUCCUAGAG